UGUAUAAUACGCACACCAUAAAAGUCAAUUUCUCUUCUUUCCACUCCAUUUACCUCUUUUCAUCCAAUAAUCUCCUUUCAUCUUUCUUGGAAGUUACAAAAACCAAACUUGGUAAUAUCAACUUUGGCACCCAAAACCCUAAUCCGGACCAAGCCCUAGGGUUUACCCUAACCGGACCCAGACCCAUAAACCACUCUGCUCAGAAAGUGUAUUUCGUAGCAUAGUUAAGGCAGCAAUGGAGGUGGGUAGUUUCAGCCCAUUUGAAAAGAGCGUCUGGGUAUGCUCUGUAAUGGAAGCUUUGGUGGCUGAGACUUUGGUUCUUGCUGGAAAGUCUCUUGCUUGCCUUCUCAUGCUGACAGGAUCAGUGCUGAAUGAUAUGAAUGCAUCACUUAAUUUGACUGCAGUGGAUGAGAGGUUUCCAUUUGAUAAACUUCUCAAAAUGGAACAUCCUGGUACAGAGAACAAAGAUGCCAGUGAUACAGAGGAAGAUGAUGAAGAUGAAGAUGAUGACAAUGCAGAUGAUCAGGAUGAUGAUGCAGGUGAUGAGGAUUUCUCAGCUGAGGAAGGUGAGGAAGAUGAUCCCGAGGAUGACCCUGAAGCCAAUGGGGAUGGAGGGAGUGAUGAAGAGGAUGAUGACGGCGAGGAUGAUGAUAGGGAUGAAGAUGACAGUGAUGAAGAUGAGGAGGAGGAGGAAGACAAAGAAGAUGAGGAAGAUGAGGUUCCUCAGCCACCUUCUAAGAAGAGAAAGUGAAACUAAUCAUAGGCCUGUAGAUCUUCUAUUUUUUCUUUUUUUUUCCCCUGGGUGAGGAACUUCAGUAGGGAGGGAGAAUUCAGCAUGUGUGUUUGCAUAAUAGAAGAUUCACAAUCCUUUGUUCUGAAUGAACCUUAUUUUUUUGCAUUUGUCAUGUACUCAUGUUACAGUUUAUGAAGAUAUAAUACAUAUUAUUCCAUCGUGGAUUGACUGUGAUUCCUAUUUGUUCCGUAGAACUUGUAACUGUUACCUGCAUCUAAUACUAGGACUGUUUAAUAUGUCUUGGGAUUUUGUAUUAACCUGGUAGGGUUUGUUGAAAUAACUAACCGGAAAGUGGAAACUGAAUUUUAUUCAGUUAUGUCAGCAAUUAACACUGCACUGGAGCGAAAUAGCUGAUCCUGCACAGAGACCUGGCUUUCCCAAAAAGCCAGAAACUGAGGUGAACCUGAGGUUUUCAUACCUUAAGAUUAAGACCUUUAGCAUUGCAUUUGGAUUUC